AUGGAAAAGGCAAUAAAAAACAGCGAUUAUUUCAAAUAUUACCACGAAAAAGGCAGUAAAGUACCAUUCGAGGAUGAGGAAGCCUUCAAAAACUAUCUUUGCGCCGAGAAAAACGAGAAAGAAGCAUGUUCUUUGCAAACAAAGCUCUUGAAGAAAUUGAAAGACCGCAUCAAAAAGCUUUCAACAGACACUGAUGUCGACGGAGAAAUCAACCCAGUUGCGAAAGUGAAGAAUCCAUUCGAUGACUUUGAGCAGUUUUACGAUUUAAAACCGACCGGGGAUGAAAGAAAAGGUCUUGUGGUUAUAUUUUCAUACCCAGGGAUCAAGAAGAACUGGUUAUCUUCUGAUAACGCUAUAGAAAAAGACAUUGAUGGAUCUGCAAUGUAUCUUCUUUUUGGAAAGAUGUUUGAUAAAGGAACAGUUCAAAAUCUCAAAUAUUUAAUGGUACUUUACUACGUAACGGAAGGAGAACUUUAUAAAGAAAAUAUUUUCUACUUUUCGGACAUGAAAAAAACUGAUGUCAACUUGUUCCUCAAAAAUGUUGUGAAUGAUCAAAAUGUGGCUGCUGCCGUAAGAUCUUUGACGAUAGUGAUUCUGUCUAAUGGAAUUCCGGGAAGCAAAUUGAAGAUCGUCGUCCGAGGAAAUGACUCUUCGUAUAAUACGGAAGAAGUUACUAUCCAUGACUUCUUGUCGGUUUUGACAAAAACUUCUUGUGCUGGAUGGAUCGAUAAGCCGAAAUUGGUGAUUGUCAAUGCUCCAAGAGGCGAAAAGGAUGUUACUUCAAGGAAAGUAGCGAUAGAAGGGGCAGUAAUGAGGAAAAGCCGCAGCAGGGGAACAGACUUAGUUGCCAACACUCAAGAAAAAGAAGAAACCCACUUCCAGUGGUCAAUGGGCAGAGACUGGGCCUUUUUCUACUCUACCCUUGCUGGCAAUAGAAUCAAUCAAGCAACAGUCACAUCUGAAGGAAGAUUUCCUUCUCGCUUCGUCUCGAUUUUGUACAAUGAGUUGUCCGAUGCGAUUGCUAACGAAAACCAUCAAGAUAUUUACGAGGUCUAUUUGCGGGUGCAACGAGAGAUGCUCAAGAAGGAAGUUGCUGGUGAGGAUGAAGAAGAAGGGAGAAAUCAAGUUUGCGAAUUUCAAUCGUCCCUGCGAAAAAAGCUUGUUCUGACAAAAUACUGA